AUGUCACCUUCUGAUGCCCAGCGACCGACCGAUAUCCGCAAGAUCAGUGUUGGUGGCGGUCGUAUUGUCCUGAACAAGCUCGCGGGCCAAAUUGUGACUUUCGCCGAGCUAUCGUCGACGUACCCACUGAAAUUACUAUCUCCUAAAGUCACGGAGGAUGGGGUAGCUGUCGUCUACGCCCUAACAUACGGCGGCGGCCUGGUCGGGGGGGACCGCGUCAAUUUAUCUGUAGAAGUGGGGGCUGCUACCUCCCUUGUGCUUCUCACCCAGGGCUCGACGAAGGUGUUCAAAACACGUCCAGGGGAUAGGCUGUCGUCCCUACCGACCCAGUUUCCUCGACCGGCUCACGAAUCGACCUCGCCGACGACGCAGAUAAUGAACUUCGCCGUCGCGCCCUCAGCCGCGUUAUUUUUACUUCCUGAACCAGUGACCUGCUUCCGCUCUGCAGCCUACAACCAGGUUCAAACUUUCCAUUUAGCGGCCAAUGCGUCCGCUGUCAUUCUGGAUUGGUUCACGUCCGGGCGCAAGUCUCUGGGCGAGGAAUGGGUGUUCUCGAGAUAUUACAGUGCCAACGAUAUAUGGGUGGAAGGCAAGCGGGUGGCCAAGGAUGUUAUGCUGCUUGAGGACGACCCGGUCGACGCAUCCCCUCUCCCUCGCCGCCAGCUUCGCGACAAACUUGCACCGUACGCUUGCUUUGCUACAACAUUUCUAUUCGGACCGUUGGUACAACCCGCUAUCAAGAAGCUGUCCUGCCGUUACGAGACCAUACAGGUCUUCAAGUGUACAGCCCCGGACAAACUCAUAUGGUCACUGAGUCUAGUUGAUGAUGGUGCGGGCGCGAUUGUUCGAACUGCGGGUUUAGAACCAGAAGACGUGAAGAUGUGGCUCAAGGAGGCUUUACGAGACGUUGAAGAGUUAAUUGGAGUUGACACGUAUCGUAGGGCCUUUGCGUAA